AGAAGAAAAAGAAGAAGAAACAAGAGAUGGGAAUAGUGGAGGAAGCACACAAUGUUAGGGUAUUGGGUUCAGGACAAAGGAUUAUAGUGCUUGGACAUGGGUUCGGCACUGAUCAAUCUGUGUGGAAGCACCUGGUUCCUCACCUCCUCGACGACCACCGUGUGAUCCUCUACGACAACAUGGGUGCCGGCCCUACCAAUCCCGAAUAUUUCGAUUUCGACCGCUACACCACCCUCGAAGGCUAUGCUUAUGAUCUCCUCACCAUCUUAGAAGAGUUGCAGGUCGAGUCUUGCAUCUUCGUCGGCCACUCUAUAUCCGCCAUCGUCGGUGCCCUCGCUUCCAUCACUCGCCCCGGUCUUUUCUCCAAACUCGUCAUGAUCUCCGCCUCUCCCAGGUACUUGAACGACGUGGAUUACUACGGAGGGUUUGAACAAGAAGAUCUGGACCAAUUGUUCGAAGCGAUGAGAUCGAAUUAUAAGGCGUGGUGUUCGGGGUUCGCGCCGUUGGCGGUGGGAGGUGACAUGGACUCGGCGGCGGUACAGGAGUUCAGCCGGACUCUGUUUAACAUGAGGCCUGACAUAGCGUUGAGCGUGGCGCAGACUAUAUUCCAGAGCGACAUGAGGGAGGUGCUGAGCUUGGUGACCGUACCUUGUCACAUACUACAGAGCAUUAAAGACUUGGCGGUGCCGGUGAUGGUUUCCGAGUACCUUCACACCCAUCUCGGCGGUGAGUCUAUUGUCGAAGUCAUGGGGUCUGAUGGACAUCUCCCACAGUUGAGCUCGCCGGAUGUAGUAAUUCCGGCUCUGCUUCGCCACAUCCGUUUUGAUAUUGCCGUCUAA